AAUUUGUUUAUGCGAAAAAACCACGCAAGUACAAGCUAUUGGUUAUUGCAGUUGGCAGGUGUGUCCGUGCUGUCGGCGAUUCCAUGAUUAAUUAACCGGAAAAUGUUACGAAUACGUCGACGCUUCGCUUUGGUGAUUUGCUCCGGGUGCCUGUUAGUUUUCCUCAGCCUGUACGUUAUCCUCAACUUUGCGGCGCCGGCAGCCAACCAAAAAAAGCCAAACUAUGAAAACAUUGAAAACAAGCUGCAGCAGCUGGAAAAUGGACUGCAGGAGCACGGCGAGGAGAUGCGGAACCUAAGGGCACGGCUAACUAAAACAGCGAACCGUGAGGAUCCCAUAAAGGCUCCCGCUAAAGUGCCUCGUUCUCCGAAGCCGGAACAAUGCCAGGAUGUGGUUCAGGAUGUGCCCAGUGUGGAGGUACAGAUGCUGGAGCUCUACGACCGGAUGUCUUUUAAGGACAUAGAUGGAGGCGUGUGGAAACAGGGCUGGAAUAUCAAAUAUGAUCCACUCAAGUACAACGCCCAUCACAAACUGAAAGUCUUCGUAGUGCCCCAUUCGCACAAUGAUCCUGGAUGGAUCCAGACUUUCGAGGACUACUACCAGCAUGACACCAAGCAUAUUCUAUCAAAUGCGCUAAGGCAUCUACACGAAAAUCCCGAGAUGAAGUUCAUUUGGGCGGAAAUCUCUUAUUUUUCCCGAUUUUACCACGAUCUAGGCGAGAACAAAAAACUUCAGAUGAAGUCCAUUGUAAAGAAUGGACAAUUGGAAUUUGUAUCUGGAGGAUGGGUGAUGCCGGACGAAGCCAAUUCCCACUGGAGAAACGUGUUGCUGCAACUGACCGAGGGCCAGACUUGGCUAAAGCAAUACCUAAAUGUUACCCCCACAGCAUCCUGGGCCAUCGAUCCUUUUGGUCACAGUCCUACAAUGCCUUACAUCCUGCAAAAAAGUGGCUUUAAGAAUAUGCUCAUCCAGCGAACACACUAUUCGGUAAAGAAGGAGUUGGCCCAACAGCGUCAGCUUGAAUUCCAUUGGCGCCAGAUCUGGGAUUCGAAAGGGGACACGGCCCUUUUCACGCACAUGAUGCCCUUCUACUCAUACGAUAUUCCCCACACUUGUGGUCCAGAUCCUAAGGUGUGCUGUCAGUUUGAUUUCAAGCGGAUGGGAGCUUUUGGAUUAAGCUGUCCCUGGAAAGUACCCCCCCGAGCCAUCGUGGACGGAAAUGUUGCCAUGCGUUCAGAAUUGCUGGUCGAUCAGUGGAAAAAAAAGGCCGAGCUUUAUCGUACGAACGUUUUGCUUAUUCCCUUGGGCGACGACUUCCGCUUCAAGCAGAAUACCGAAUGGGAUGUACAGCGAGUAAACUACGAAAGGCUGUUCGAGCACAUUAACAGCCAGGCCCACUUCAAUGUGCAAGCGCAGUUCGGCACUCUGCAAGAAUAUUUUGAUGCUGUGCAUCAAGCAGAAAAAGUAGGACAAACCGAGUUCCCAACGCUCAGCGGAGACUUCUUUACAUAUGCCGAUCGGUCGGAUAACUAUUGGAGUGGCUAUUACACUUCCAGGCCCUAUCACAAGCGCAUGGAUCGAGUGCUGAUGCACUACGUCCGCUCCGCAGAGAUGCUCUCCGCCUGGCACUCCUGGGAUGGAAUGGCCCGCAUCGAGGAACGCCUGGAGCAGGCCCGCAGAGAAUUGUCUCUGUUUCAGCAUCACGACGGCAUCACUGGCACCGCCAAGACGCAUGUGGUUCUUGACUACGAGCAACGCAUGCUCGAGGCUCUGAAAGCCUGUCAAAUGGUGAUGCAACAGUCGGUCUACCGUCUGCUAACCAAACCCUCAAUCUAUAGUCCGGACUUUAGUUUUUCAUACUUCACACUGGACGAUUCACGUUGGCCAGGAUCAGGUGUAGAGGAUAGUCGAACUACCAUUAUAUUGGGUGAGGAUAUACUGCCAUCCAAACAUGUAGUAAUGCAUAAUACUCUGCCGCACUGGCGAGAGCAGCUCGUUGACUUCUAUGUGUCCAGUCCAUUCGUGAGUGUUAGUGAUUUAGCAAAUAAUCCAAUCGAGGCUCAAGUUUCACCUGUGUGGAGCUGGCAUCAUGACACGCUUACCAAGACUAUCCAUCCACAAGGAUCCACAACAAAGUAUCGCAUCAUCUUUAAAGCUCGGGUGCCGCCCAUGGGCCUGGCCACCUACAUAUUGACCAUUUCUGAGUCUAAACCAGAGCACACUUCGUACGCAUCGAAUCUCUUACUUAGAACAGUUCCCGUUUCUGUGCCCUUGGGUCAAUAUCCGGAAGAUGUGAAGUUUGGUGAGCCUCGGGAGAUCUCAUUGCGGGUUGGCAAUGGCCCCACACUAGCAUUCUCAGAGCAGGGCCUUCUCAAGUCCAUCCAGCUCACCCAAGAUAGUCCGCACGUGCCUGUGCAUUUGAAGUUCCUAAAGUAUGGCGUUCGAUCACAUGGAGAUAGAUCCGGUGCAUAUCUGUUCCUGCCCAACGGCCCGGCUACGCCAAUCCAAAUUAAUCAUCCAGUGGUCCUGGUGACCAAAGGCAAAUUAGAGUCCUCGGUAAGCGUGGGCCUUCCGAGUGUGGUUCAUCAGACAAUAAUGCGAGGCGGUGCACCUGAGAUUCGCAAUCUGGUUGACAUAGGCGUGCUGGAUAACACAGAGAUUGUCAUGCGCUUAGAGUCUCAUAUCGACAGUGGAGACAUUUUCUACACGGAUCUCAACGGACUGCAAUUCAUCAAGCGACGGCGUCUAGAGAAGCUCCCUUUGCAGGCCAACUAUUACCCGGUGCCCUCUGGCAUGCUCAUCGAAGAUGCCAAUAUGCGACUCACUCUCCUCACAGGUCAACCGCUUGGUGGAUCUUCCUUGGCUUCUGGUGAGCUGGAGAUAAUGCAGGAUCGCCGCCUGGCCAGCGACGACGAACGCGGCUUGGGACAAGGUGUAUUGGACAACAAGCCAGUUCUGCAUAUAUAUCGUUUGGUUCUGGAGAAAAUUAACAGCUGUACGCGACCAUCGGAGGUACAUCCUGCUGGCUACUUGACCAGUGCCGCCCACAAAGCCUCACAGUCACUGCUGGACCCACUGGACAAGUUCAUAUUCGCUGAAAAUGAAUGGGUUGGUGCCCAGGGGCAGUUUGGCGGCAAUCAUCCAUCAGCCCGUGAGGAUCUGGAUGUACCCGUGAUGCGACGCUUGACCAAGAGUUCGGCCAAGACGCAGCGGGUGGGCUACGUCCUGCACCGCACCAAUCUGUUGCAAUGCGACACCCCAGAAGAACGGGCACAGAAGUUGGAUGUGUGCCACUUACUGCCGAAUGUGGCAAGGUGCGAGCGUACGACACUCACCUUCCUGCAAAAUCUGGAGCAAAUGGAAGGCAUGGUGGCGCCGGAAGUGUGCCCCAUGGAAACAAUGGCUUAUGUGAGCAGUCACACUAGCUGAUCGCCACGUGUCCUUCCCAAGGAUGAAAUAGACACGGAGGGAAGGCGCCACAUGGACAACCUAUGAAUCUCGAUACUGCAAUACAGGCAAUCUUCAUUUUAUGAUCAACUAAAGAAACACUGAUGACUGCACCGAAAGACGUAAUGCGUAAUCUCCAUACUACGUAUCAUUUAUUUAUUCAAGCUUCCUCACGUGGGUUGGAAAUUCAAUCCUAUGACGCAGCGGUGUGUUUUUGCACCCCCUUGUAACACACACACGUUUUAAUUUGUUUCCCCUAGUUUUUUACGUUUUUUGUGAUAUCCCUACAGUCCCACAGCAAGCAAUGUCUUCGAUAUCCCUACAGGGAUAUUGCCUAAAAACCAUGAAUCGUAACUAUAACGUUUAACUGUAAUUUAGGCUUAGUGAUAAUGACGAAACUGCAAUGAUAUUAAUCUCGACAUUUGUUUUUUUACGAUUUGAAUAAAUUGAGUCUCAUUUUAGAA